GGGGGACUUAAUGGAAUGAAUGAAUAAUCCUCAGAUGUUUCAUCAUCAAAAUCCCCACUGAUGAUGAUGAUGAUUAUGAUGAUGCACCCGUGUCACCUUUUGCAUCCGGAAUUUUCACUUGUCAUAUGUGCACAUCAAAGGCAGAGCUAGCGUUGUAUUUGGCAUCAUUAUGUAAGUCGACAAUACAAGUGCUGAAGGAAGACGCUACACCAGGAAUGACUCAGAACCUUCAGAGACAGGAAUAAAAGUGAUUUUUUUUUUUUUUUUUGCUUAAUCAUGGAUUCCCACAGCUUCAGAGAGAGGGUGAACCGCCAGCAAACUCUCAUUAUGAAAAAUCAGCAAAAGAGGCGGGAUCAUUUCAAUUUGAAGACUCAUGAAAAGGAAAUGGAAAAAAGGAGGCACCACGGCGUCCUCACCGAUUCAAUUCUACGCUACCAAUCCUGGAGCAGCACUUCCCUCAGCAGUCAGUAUAGAAAACAAAUAAAUAAUAAUUCUGAAAACCAAUCAUCUGAAACAACAUUAAAUACAAGUAUUUCUCUUUGCUUUCACACUGCAGAUCAGUUUGACCUCGCCCACGACGACCCCCCGGAUGAAAUCACAAAGGGAAAGCAAAAUAUAAAAGAACACAGGAAGGCAGAAAACAAGUGCAAACUGCUAUUUACUCCCUCAAAAAAGAACAUGGACAUUGAAGUGUUUGCCGACCCACUGGAUGAAAACAUACAGCAUGAGGGGAGUAUGAAAAACUGCAGGAAGAUUGAGGUGAAGCCUACGAAAACGAACGGGGAAAUCGUCAGAGACUCUGAGGUGAAGCGCGAAGAGGAGAAUCAUCAGAAGAAGACAAAAAAAAGAAAGAGGAAAGACGGGAGAAAAAGAAAACACAGACGUAUCUCAGAGGUGGAUCAGAACAACAACACUGACAGAGAUGAAGAGAAAAGAGAGAGGGCAACAAAGACAAAGGACGAGGUGAAAGAAUCCGAGGAUUCAAAGGAGACAAACAGGGCGACCAAAACACUAAAAAGGAUGCAUUUGCUGGAGGCUUCGGCUCAGGAGACCGAGACGCUGGUGAGGGUAUCGAGUCUAAAGAAAACAACAUGUGACCUCAGCGACAUCGACGAGGAACGCGGGUCACGGGUCACGUCAUCGUCGGUCUCUGAGCCCUGCGAGUCCGUGGCUCAGGAGGACACGGUGGUCCCUUCUGGGACCUCCUUUCUCUCCUCAACUUCGUCAGUGUCAAUGGAGGAUGUACAGAGGUUUGCUUUCUCUCCAGCUCCGAGAGACGUAACCAUCCGGUGCCGGAUCACCAGAGACAGGAGCGGCGUGAUCAAAGGCUUUAACGUGAUUUACUGUCUCCACUUGGAGAAGGAGGACGGAAAUAGGGUGUUUCUGAUGGCGGCCAGGCAAAAGAAGAUGUGCGCAGCGUCCAACUACCUCAUCUCCACUGACCCGACAAAUCUGUCCAGAGACACAAAUUGUUACUUGGGAAAACUACGGUCUAAUGUUGUGGGAACAAAGUUCACCUUCUAUGACGCGGGAGAAAACCCAGAGAAAACCCCCUUCAGUGACUGCCAGUCGCAGAGGCAUAAGCUGGCAACUAUAUCCUACAAGCAGAAUGUGUUGGGUUUCAAGGGUCCGAGGAAAAUGACGGUGGUUUUCCCCAGAAUGCUCGACAACGACGAAAGAUUGUCCACUCUGCAUGAUACGGAAACUCUUCCGAGCUGCCGCACGAGCAGCAUCACAGAUGAACAGGUGACUCUGAUAAACAAAUCCCCAACCUGGGACGCAGAGAAGGAGAUUUAUCUGCUCAACUUCCACGGGUGCAUCAUUCAGCCCUCUGUCAAAAACUUCCAGCUCAUCCACCCUGAAGACGAAGAUUACAUCGUGAUGCAGUUUGGCCGUGUGACAAACGAUGUCUUCCUCAUGGAAUACACGAACCCCAUGAGUGCUGUGCAGGCCUUCUCCAUCGCCCUGUCGUCCUUUGACAGCAAACUGGCCUGGGCUCCACAUGUGUGACUGGUGAUUUUCGUCUGAUUCAUGUACUUUCUGUCAGGUAUGUUUUGCGUCCUGUUGUCAUGUCAGGGAAGAGAGGCUCCACAUGUGUCUGACUGCAGUCUUUUCCUCUUUUUUUAAUUCACUUUCCGUCAGACAUUAAACAGACUGCCUCCAAAGGAGUUUGUGGUGCGGCCCUGGCUUCUUUUACUCAACACAUCGCAGAGCGUGUGGCCCUCGGUGCCGUUCGACCCAUCGCAUCGCCGGUCAGUGCUUGUCUGGACCCUGGGAGUGGGACUGCAGUCGAUCUGCGGGGAACUUCAAGGUGUGUUGGAUAAUUCAGAGCUCCAAGUUAGACUUGUGAGUUUACCGUGGUCUCUGCUGGUGAAUCACGGCUGGUCAUGGACAUGAUAUCACCGCUGGAGCGGGGAGGGGCCGGCAGAUUGAUUCUCUGUCUCUGUGGAUUAGGUUAGUAAUCCCACGUGUUCUAAACUACACAGUCAAGGUGUUUCCUGUGAAUGAAGUGUUUACAGAAACUUUUUAAGAAUAAAAAAAAGAUUGCACAGAGGGAAUUCUGUUUCGGUGUGGAACAUCCAUGAAGCUCACCACUGCUACAUCAAAAACCCCUGAAUGGGGCCCCUUCUGAGGUGGGAGUGUAUUUGUUAUAUUAUACUUGUUACGUCCUGCAAUUUAUUACACAUCUGUUAUUUAUUUUAUUUUUCAUUUCCAUGUCAUAAUGUCCACAAAAUGUAUUAAAGUUUUUAUUUUUAUAUUUUACUCUUGACACAGGAGUUUAAGUUGUCAUGUGGAACCUUUGUGAUUUUUCACUUUCCGGGCACCCACUUGGUAUUUAAGGGUGUAUGUUUAUUUUAUAGACGCCACAAUAUCCUGUGUUUCACAUGGCGAUGGGAGUUUCUUUUAUUUUGCCUCGUGUCAGAAUUAAACGCAGACUUUCUCCAAAGAUAUUUAUUUAUCUUAUGGGGGAUUCUUCACAACGCAGACCACGCGCAAACACCACACCUUUACAGGAGGAUCCCCCUCCCCGUCCCUCCCCCUAGAGUCUAGGAUCGCCUCUGCAUGUGCACGCAGACAUGAUGUUUUCACUUGAAUCGCGCUGCACAUACCUGAGUGAGAUGAACAC